GGGUCCCGUGACGUCAGGGGGUGGAAGAAAACAGCGGAGCAGGAAUCAAAACAAGAGACGGACACGCCUUCGCUCUUAAAGGUUAUAGCAGCUUAUUCCUUAUAGCUGCUGCUGUCAGAGCUGCAUUAAAACCCGCCUAUCGUCCACGAGGACCCACUUAAAACCACAACACAAAGAGAAAACCAUGCAAAAAACUGCAGGAAUGGAGUCCACAGAAAUGUCAGACGGCAGUGACAGCAGCCGUUGAUAGAGGUCGAAAUUAACACUUGACAGCCGAAUCGUGUAAAAUGCCCAACCAGAAGAGCAACAAGGGAAAGAAAAGCAAACGCACUAACAGUAGCGGAGAUGAGCAGGAAAAUGGAGCCUGUGCGGCCCCGACAGGAGGCGCGGCCGCGGCUGCACCCAGAACCGAGCGCUCAAGUGGUAAGACAGGAAACGGACACAGAUGUAGAAGUUUAGUGAUGCUUUCUUCCUGCCUGGGGAACCUCUGUCUGGUCUGUGUGGCUGUGACAUGCAUGCACUGCGACGUUACAAAUGUCUCCGACCCCCCCACUUUUACUUCUUUCCAUGCAGUGCCAAACUUCUAUUUGAAAACGCACCAUUUAGAUGCGUCUCUGAAUAUCUGCACAUAAGCGCUAUAUUGGUUGAUCACGACUUGAGGCCUCGCAUGAAUAGAUAGGGUAUUUUUAUCGUGGAUGCAUGAGUGAUCCAGCAAGUACCUAGUUUUCAAGUGCACUGUAAUGUUGACAUGUAUUUCUUUCUUUGAACUGGUUUUCAGAUGGCAGUAUGAUGUUUUUUUGGUGCAAAGAGAUUGUAGGCACAGCUGGUCCAGAAGUUAAAAUAUUAAAGACACUGCUGUUGCUUCGGGUGUUAAAUGUUUGCAGAACUGGUGAGUGAAUACUGCACUCUCGAAAACAGAGAUUAGUCUUGUUUCUACACGUUGCAGUAUGACCCGAUUGGCAACAGAUCCCUAAAUUGUCAAUUUUAUGAAUGGACUUUGGUACGUGAAGCUGUUCUUAUAAUGGAGGAUUACCAGCUUUGAAAAUAGUAUUCCUCGUUGUCAAAUGCGGCCUCGGGGAGUCCUAAUGAAACAAUGCAGCACUUGUUUGUAUGUUGGUACUUUCAAGUUGCUGAUGGGCUCUUAUAGGCUGUAUCUGCUUGUAUGCAGGCCUCAGCUGUCUUUGCCUGACGCGCACCUUUGAGUCCACACAGUUUUUGGCUGUGGCCUUCCUCAAAGGGUAGUACUGACACCUCACCACUUGUCUGCGCACUCAAGUUCAACUUCAUUCAAUAAAUACCUGCAGAAGCUUGAAAAAGUCUCCCUUCUUAGCUGCAUGCUUGAACAAAUGUGGCACAAAUACGGGUCAGAAAUCUUUUAGGCAUUUACAAAUGGUAGGUGCACAAGUUGAAAGUACUGGUGCAACACAUUUAACUUCAUUACAUUGUCUUUAGGCGUCUGUAGACUGGUUUUUAGUACACACUGUCUUGCUUUUAUGUUUAUUUUAAGUAAUUUAUCCCCCCAAAAAACUUAAAUUAUGAGUCUGUAAACAACUAUGAUGAACAAGAACAAAGUUAAACUGCCUGCAGCAAUAUGUAUAUUGAUAUGUUCAGCAUUUUUUUUUAAAGAAUAAAAAUGUGUUUUUACAGUUCAAAUCAGUUUGCAUCUCAAAACAUAUCAAGAAGUGAGACACUUGUGGCUGCUGCAAGCCUGCAAUGAAUUUGCUGUAAUGAAUGGUUGCUUUAUUGACCCACUCACCUGUAUGCAUUUCUUUACUGGCACCAGACGCUAUGAAGGCAAUGCUGACCCAACCUAACAACUGGUCAACUUACCAGAGGUAGGGCUUUGGCCACCUCCACGUGACCCUAACCCUCACCCUGGGGCUGGGUUUAAAUGAAGCCCAACCAGCGGAAGAAUCAGUGUUAAAUAAUGGUGACUUUAAAGACAAAAAGGGGCAUAAAAAGCGCUGACAGUGUGCCGGAAAAAGAAAGAGGAAAUAACCCCCUACCACACAUACACACACCCACAGUAGAUCAUCAUGAGCUUCUUCUGGUACAGACUGUGGGCCUACAUUUGCUUGAUUCACAUCCAGACUUGACAGUUGGCAGGGUUUGAAUAGAGCCGCUCUCAGGCUUCAAUGGCCUGGUUGAAUUUCAUAAAUCAAUGGCAGCAAGGACACUGAAAUGUCUCUCCCAACAUUUUCACCUCAAGCUGUUUAUGUAUGAUGAUGAGUGCUGCUCAAAGAGUUGCUUCAUAGCUCCUGUUUAAAGUUUUGUUAAUGCUGUAUAGGGUUUUUGGACUUGGAAAGUGUCUUUGAAUCUAAAGAUAGUCAUAUCUUGAGGGCUGGUGUUCUGAUAAUACCAUAAUGAUUCAACACGUACCUACAAUAUGUUGUUUUUACACUAUUUUCAACUAAACAUGGGGUAUACAUGACCUGCAAACCAGCAAUUUUUAUUUUUCUCAACAGUUUACGCAGCAUCCUUACCUUGUUUUGAUUCACGUUGCAUAUAACAAAUAUAUAUAUAUAUAUUUAUGCAGUAUAAAAAAGAAUAUAGAGGCUGAUUUCAGGCCUUGAAUUAAUAGAGUAUAUAAACCAGGCUUUUUAAAAAAACUGUAACAACUCUUCUAACCUGUCUUGUGUUUCCUCCCCCAGAGGUCCAGUGUGCGACGCCCCUCAGCUGCAGCUUGGGACGCCCCAUCGACCUCGAAAAGGACGACUACCAGCGGGUGCUCUGCAACAACGAGCUCUGCCCGUAUGGCAACUGGAUGCACCUGCAGUGUUUCUACGAGUGGGAGAGCUCUAUCCUAGUCCAGUUCAACUGUAUUGGCCGAGCUCGCUCCUGGAACGAGAAGCAGUGCAGGCAGAACAUGUGGACCAAGAAGGGCUACGACCUGGCCUUCAGGUUCUGCUCAUGCCGCUGUGGGCAGGGCCACUUAAAGAAAGACACCGACUGGUAUCAGGUAAAACGCAUGCAGGACGAGCGUAAGAAAAAGCCAUCAGAGAGGAGCAUGGGGAGGAAUGGGGCUAGUGGAGGAGCUGCAGGGCAAGGGGACGGAGUUUUUGAGGAGCCCAAGAAAAGUAAAAUACCAGGAGGAGCAGUUGGUGGAGGUAAACUCCCCCACAGAGCCUCAAGUCAGGAAUUACCUCGAAGACAAUCAGUGGACCGUCAGAACUCCACAGAAAGAGGAGCAGCAGGAGGAGGGGUCUUUGGUCUCGGGCCUCCUCAGAAGUCUCCUUGUGACUCUCCAGGACAGUCUCCACCAGCUGGUUUCCCUUUCUCCCCUACCGCUCCCCCUGGACCAGGAAGCACAGCAGCAGGAUUGCGAGGCUCCCGUCCUCUGGGGGAGUUCCUCAAAUCAGCCGUCCACAUGGACCCACAGAGGAAGCACCUCCUGGUCAGUGGUGCUCUAGGUCGGGGAGGCAGCUGCUCGAUGGGAGCCUCAGGAGGUGGAUCUCACUUGGACCCUGCCUCUGUUCUCCCUCUACCGCUCUCCUUCGCCCUCCCACUCCACCACCGAAUCACAUCUGGGAGUGUGGCUGAUGGGACCCACUCCCACCCAGUGCAGUUCCUGAGGAGGCUGGACCUCUCAGAGCUGCUGACCCACAUCCCCCGACACAAACUCAACACCUACCACGUACGCAUGGAGGAUGACGCCCAGGCAGGCCAGGGAGAAGAGCUCCGCAGGUACGCUGUAGAGCUUUGUAAGUUCUUUCAAAGGACAUAUAAAAAAAAAAAAAGAAUUCUUAGUUCGGAUUACUUUAAAAAAAAAAACUGUGCCCAAAUCUUCAUGUGCAGCCGCCAUCAUCACAAACAACUUUAAAAAAUAUUAAAUCAAGCAGUAAAAAGAGCUCUUUAAGUAGAACAGAGUUAGUAUACAUUAAAGCUCCAGUGAGGAGUUUUUUGACAUUUAUGAAAUAGACCAAAACUCAUAAUGAUCACUCUAUAUGAUAUACAAACGCAUUAAUAAAAAAAAAUACUAAUAAUACUAAUAAUACAUUUUAUUUGUAAAGCACUUUUCACAAACUCAAAGACGCAACAAGACUGACAAAUUUAAAAUUGUACGUUUUUGUUUACUAAACCGUAUGUAGGAGGGUAGAUAGCCCAUGUGGUGAUUUCCACUGCAGAGUCAUGUUUGCUCCCAUCUUGUUUGAAGUAUGUUGCUGGCAUUACUUUUAAAGGGGACCUGCCAUAAAAAUGUAAUUUUCUGUGUUUUUUGUGUCAGAUAAGGUCCAUAUUAUGUUCGUCUUAUGUUGUAAAUGUGAAAACAAACCGUUACGUCGUUUGCACUCUGUAAAGGUUUAAAAUAAAGAAACGGGUAAACCAGGCCAAUUGAAAAAGCAGGUCAAUCUGACGUUGCGUUGACAUUGCUCAUUAUUAUUCACGAGCGCGUCCUCGGUGAGCCGCGCCCACUCUCUCGUUCUCGUACUCAGUCACAGCCAGAGCGAGACCCAGCUACCACUGUAUCCGCUAUGAGUCUCUUCCAAACGACCGGUGUUUCCUUGGGUUCACUGCCGGGAAAAUGAACUUAAAGCUGGACAGAAUGAAUGAGAAAACACCGCUGGAGAUCUCCGGCUUCUUCCUCAACUUCCACCUCCUCUUCGGACUCGGGGUCUAAAAUAUAUGGUUUAACACCUGCCGUUUUUAGCCUUUAGCAUAAGGUGACCAGACGUCCCCGAUUUCUGGGGACAGUCCCCGUAUUGGAUGACCUGUCCCCGGCAAAAGCUGUCCCCGAAAAUGUCCCCGAUUUAAGCGUUUCAUGAAUGAGAGCAAAAAUGUUGCGUGUGGGCUCGAACAACGGUUAUUACAGUAGCCGAAUAGGUAGGAAGCACAAGUUAGCAGUCCUGAACAACAGUUCUUAUGGGGGUUAUUACAGGGGGCAUGCGCUGCCACUAAAUAGUACCGAGACUUUGACAGUGAUCACGCAGCCCCUGCAGUGCCGCCGCCGCACCGAAUAUCCCCGGAUAUCAUUACAGACAUCUGUGCACCUUACUUUAGCACACAUUAGCAUAUGCUAUUAGCAUUAGCAUAAUAACAAUGGAUAAACCGAAAUCCGAACCUCCACUGCUGAGCCAAUCAGAGCACAGCAGGCUUCACAGCAGCGAUCCAAUCAGAGCAAAGCUCAUUACCAUAAAUGUUAAUGAGCCAAAACCAGUUGGUUUUCCUGUAAGGUUUUUCAGGCAUACUAAAACAAACCAUCAAAUAACUUUCAGCUAAAAUUAUGUUGCAAACAUGAUCAGAGGACAUCAAGGAUAAUGAAAAAAUGAUAAAAAUGAUUAUGAAAUUUUGGUGGCAGGUCCCCUUUAAAAUGAGCAUAUAUUUUCAUUCAAAUAUUAACAUUUUUCAGUUUUAACAGUUGAUAUGGUGCUUUUACAUUUUUUUAAUUACAAACAGGGUUUUAUUGAUUUGCAAGCGAACAAUUCAGUUUGCUUUUAAUCAUUUUGCUACCAUAACUUUUAACAUAGAGUUUGUAAGAUUCAUUGAGGUAAAUCGUGAGUUAUUGUCCAUAAAAGUGCCUCCACAAAAUUGGUGUGUGCGUAUAACUGGUGCGAGGAGGAAGGCUUCCUCUAAAGUUGACAAAACUCAAAGUAGCUUUAAACUCUACCUCAGAUAACCAGGAAAAAGAUUUGGCAGUUGUAAUUAUAAAGCACUGAUGAAAUGUUACAACAGGAAAAUCACAGAGGGCUGAGUUAUUUAUUUCAAAUGUAUCAUUCCCUAACUCUGUCCUUUUGUUCCUCCAGAUUCAUCCUCUCAGCUCUCAGUGCGAGUCAAAGAAACGUGGUAAAUUGUGCAUUGUGCCACAGAGCACUGCCCGUGUUUGAACAGUUUCCUCUGGUGGACGGGACUCUGUUCCUCAGCCCUUCACGCCACGAUGAGAUAGAGUACGACGUCCCCUGCCAUCUUCAAGGUCAGACCAGGUUUCAAGAUAACAGUGUGGUACCUGACAUAUUUACUCCAGUGUCAAAGUGUUUUGUGUUAUUAUGACUCAAAAUAGCGCAUACAUUUUGUAAAUUUGAUUCGCACAGUGGAAAAACCCUGAGUAGAAACAAAUUCAUGUUGACAGUUGUGACAGUCAUCUGCUUGGGCUGCAUUGGAGUUAGAAAGGAGAUGGAGGGAGAUGGGAUUUGAAUGAGUGAAGCCGAAAGAGUCAAAAAGUUGUAAUAUCAACAUCAGCUUUGUAACAGUGAUGAAAUGGUGAGACUGAAACAGCUGGAAAGUAGGCAGGACAAACGCAGCAGCGAUCCAGAGGAACCUACGAGAGGAGGGAGCUCAGGGACUCCCAGAAAAGACUGAUCAGUGACUUAAAUGAGGCAUAAUACUGCCUAGGACAGACAAAGAUCAGUAAACAUAAGCAUCUAGUAUCACAGUCAGUGUGAGCAUGUCAGGAGACUCCAUCAUAAAUCCGGCAGAAAGUCAGCCCAGUCCAGACUCUGUAUAAAGACAAAAAAGGUUCUCUGCUGGAUCCUCCCCCGUCCAACAUGAAUGUGAAUUAGCACGGCGGCUGCACAGAUCCUCUUUGAUGUUGUGGCCUACAAGCUUUGAUAUGCAUGGUCUUUGAUAUGCAUCAGUAUGAAGGGAUAAGUUAUUCAGUUUUCAUGCUUUUGUGACGACCAGAAUAUAAAUGCUGGAAAAAGAGAGAUGUGCAUCUUGAAUGAGGUACACCAAACCAUAAAAAAGCAUCACAUGAAUCUCUAAGGUCGUUCAGAUCAGGCUCCCCUCCAGCCUGCGAGGGGAUUUGAUCACAAAUGGACGGCGUUCACACUUGGCAUUAUCAUUCUCCUCCAUAUGUGUCUCCAGUGGCCAUGUGUUAUCAAAUUAUGCCUUUCCACUCUGUAUGCAAAUACAGAGUCACUUUAACCUUCAUUAGACUUGAAAAACACCAAACUACAAAAAAAAAAAAAAUAUGAUGCAGGUACAGAGGGGGUUAGCAGCUCUUAUUUUAUUUUACCAUGUUUCUCUAAAGUCCUGUGUAUAAUCAGUGAAAACUCAACAUUAUAAAGCAUAUGUAUCCUCACUAUGCCUCAUUAUUAUCAUGACAUGUCUCAUUCUUUCACCGUGUCAGGGAAGACCAAAUCACCCCUUUAUUCAGUGGGUAACAGAGGAUGAAAAACUCAUGUAUAAAUCGACUUAAUAUCCAGUUGUUUAUAGGAUCACCACAUAUCAAAUAUUAACUACAUUAUCCCAUAUUAAAUAAGGACACACUACAUACAUUUAUUUUCAUGCACACUUAACUGUAAUAUAUAAACUCUGUGUGCAAUACAAUUCAGAAGAAGCUUAGUAAAGUGAUAUUACAGGUGGACAAGUGCAUCCCAGAGCCCGGCCUGAUCCAACUCCACCAUAAGGAGGCAACAAGGUCUGUUUACACCUGGAGUUAAGGCUGCCCUCUUGUGGAUGUUGAUGCUGACACCUGCUGAUGCAGGGCCUCUGUCUCAACGUGUUACUGGGGCUGAGCGAUUCUGGUUGAUCAGAGAGUCAUGCAUUCACACUCACAGAUAUGCACAGCGUACACUACAGGCCAAAAGUUUGGAAGCAAAAUCAGAUUUGCUCAAAAAAAGAUAGCUAUAUUUUGUUUAACUGUUUACAGGCCACCCAAAAAUGCUCUGCUUUUAUCAGUGAAUUUUCAGAACUAUUAUCAUUUAUUCAAAGUACAACAAAUAAUAUUCAUGUUGGUAAUCCAUCUGACUCUUUUAGCUCUGAAUUUUUAAAUUUUAUGGAUUUUAAGCAGCAUGUAUCGAGCUCCACCCACAACAGAGGAAAUAUAUGAGAUCUUUCAAUAACCUUUGGGUUAUCAGCCACUGUGUCCUCUGUUGUGGAUGUGGGCUCGUCCGACCAUCACUGUGUUUUUAACGUAAUGGAUUUUAUCCAGCAGGGGGCCCCAGAGCGUACUGUCAGGAAAUGCUAUCUUACUUUUGAAGUGGCUGCUAAUUUUAGUGGGAUUUUAACUGAUGCUCCAAAGGUUGUUUUACCCUCUGCUUGUGAUUUUAUUGUUGAUCAUUUAAACCAAAAACUUAAGUCAGCAAUAGAUAUUGUUGCACCAAUAAAGGUGAAAAAGAUCAAACCAAAAAUAAAACCACCAUGGAGAACAAGCGGGGUUCUCAAUUUAAAGAGAAAAUGCAGAAUUGCAGAGAGGAGAUGGAGAAAAUUACAUUACAUUACAUUACAAGUUCAUUAUCAGAUUUUUCGGGAACAAAUCACCACUUACAACAGAGCAGUAAAACAAGCAAGACAGGACCACUUUUCAAAAUUAAUAACUGACAAUUGCAAUAACUCCAAAAUCCUUUUCUCAACCACUGACCAAUUAACUCAUCCUGUUUUUAAGCAACCUUUUAAUUCAGAUUUAUCCUGUGAAGACCUUGCAGUCCACUUCAGAAAUAAAACGAUGUUAUCAGGUCAAACUUUUUAAAUAGUAAGCCUGGUGAUUUUAGCUCCUCUGUGUUUUUAAAUGGGGAGACACUGGACAGGUUUGCCCUGGUUGAUGCUGCAGAGAUUGAGGAAGUUGCCUCCCCUCUUAGACCAGUGACUGAGUGUUUUGGAUCCUAUCCCCACAUCCUUUUUAAGACCUCUUUUACUGUUUUUAAGGAUGACGUUAUUAAUAUUGUUAACUAUUCUCUUCAGACAGGGGUCUUUUCCACUGCCUUUAAGACAGUCUGUGUUAGACCCCUUCUGAAGAGAGACAACUUGGAUACAGCGGUACCUAAUAAUUACAGACCUGUGUCCAACCUGCCAUUUUUAAGCAAAAUUUUAGAAAAGAUUGUUUUUAACCAGUUAAAUGAUUUUAUGAUUUCUAAAAAUAUUGGUGACAUAUUUCAGUCUGGUUUUAGGAAAAAUCACAGUACAGAGACGACACUGGUCAAGAUUGUAAGUGACCUCAGGUCCAACAUGGAUGAAAGAUCAAUUUCUGUUUUAGUCCUGUUGGACCUGAGUGCAGCUUUUGACAAUUCAUUUAAACAGACUCCAAAACUACAUUGGCAUCUCUGGUACUGUUUAUAACUGGUUUAAAACAUAUCUGAAUGGCAGGAAAUUUUACGUUAGCACUGGGGAAAGCUUAUCAAAAACCUAUGAAAUGGAGUGUGGCGUUCCCCAGGGCUCAAUUUUAGGCCCCACACUUUUUAAUCUAUAUCUGUUACCAUUAGGAGAUGUCAUCAGGAGACACAGCAUUAACUUUCACAGCUAUGCUGAUGAUACACAGCUCUACCUGGUCGUGUCUCCUGAUGACACAGGGCCCAUUGAUGCCCUUUUUAACUGUAUUUUAGACGUCCAGUCCUGGAUGGCAGACAACUUCUUGCAGCUCAACCAGGACAAAACCCAGGUUUUAGUCAUCGGUACAGGUCCAGAGAGAGAGAGAAACUGGAGAACAAACUCAGAGGACUGUCUUUUAAUCCCUCAAAACAAGUUAAAAAUCUGGGUGUUAUAUUUCAUUUUAAUCUCAGCUUUGAAUCACACAUACGUAAUAUCACCAAAAAGGCUUUUUAUUACCUUAAGAACAUCUCCAGAGUCCACCAGUUUUUCUCUCAAGCCAAUGCGGAGACUCUUAUCCAUGCUUUUAUUACAGAAUUGAUUAUUGUAAUGCUCUCCUCUCUGGUCUUCCUAAAAAGAACAUUUCACAGCUUCAGCUGCUGCAAAAUUCGGCUGCACGUAUGCUGACGAAGACCAGGAGGAGAGCCCACAUUACACCAAUUUUAAAGUCUCUGCAUUGGCUUUCUGUAUCUUUUAGAAUAGAUUUUCAAUCAAUCAAUCAAUCAAACAAAUUGUAUUUAUAUAGCGCCAAUUCACAACAGUCGUCAUCUCAAGAUGCUUUUCAAAGAACAAGAGCAGGUCUAGACCACGCUCAUAGUUUGAUGAUCAAGAACCAACCUAAGAUGGGUUUUGGCCCAUCUCAUCUGACAUGAGUAGCAGUGGCAAGGAAAAACUUCCUUUUAACAGGCAGAAACCUUGGGCAGGACCCGACUCAUGCCAGACAGCCACCAUGCCACUGCUGGGUUGGGGAGGAAUGUAGAGAGAUGGAGGGAGAGAGGGAGAGAGAGAGAGCGAGAGAGAGAAGAGGGGAGAGGGCAGGGGGAGAGAGAGAGAACAAGAUAAGGGGAAGGAGAAUGAGUAAGGAGAGGGAGGGGAGGGAGAGAGAGGGGACAGCAGUAACAACAGCAACAACAGCUCAUGUAAUGGUGAAACAAAAUGAAUUCAGUUUAUAGGGUUAGGAUAUGAGUGAUAAUGGACUAUGUUAAAUUAAUUUAAUGUGAUUACAGUCAGCAGGCCUAAUAGUAGUCAACUCAAGUUUUAUGUUAUUGAUGUCAAUGAGGCCGAUGUUCAUGUCUGCAGUAACAGUCCAGAGGAACCCAAGAGAAGAAGGAGCUCAGGGCUUGAGGUGGACAAUCAUAGACAAUACGGCUGGAGUCAGGCAGGUCUGCAGCAGCCAUCAGUCCGGAGCAACCUAGGAGACUGGGGCUCAGAGACAUACAGAGAGAUCUGGUUAGCAAUUUGAUGGGAGAAAAUGACUUCAAUGUACAGGAUAAUGAAGUAACUAAUUAUGGACUAUGCUAAAUUAAUUUAAGGUGAUUAAAGUUAAAACUCAAGUUUUAUUUCAUAGAUGUCAGUUAGGCUGAUGUACGUGUCUGCAGCAAUGGUCCAGAGGAGCCUAAGAGAUGGAGGAGCUCAGGGCCUAAGAUGGAAAAUCAAGGACGAUGCAGCUGGGGUCAGGCAGUUCCGCAGCAGACCGUCUGCAGCAUUAGUCCAGUGGAAGCUAAGAGACUCAGAGACACUCAGAGAGAGAAAUAUCUGGUUAGUAAUUUAUAUGGGACAUAAAGAUCUAAAGGAGAGAUAGAGACAGACUCUAGCUCAGUGUGCCAGAUAACCCCGGCAGUCUAAACCUAUAGCAGCAUAACUAAGAGCUGGUUCAAAUCAGCCCCAACUAUAAGCUUUAUCAAAGAGGAACAUUUUAAGUCUACUCUUGAAAGUUGAGAGGGUGUCUGCCCCCCGAACCUCGAGUGGUAAAUGAUUCCAGAGGAGAGGUGCCUGGUAGCUGAAAGCUCUUCCUCCAGUACUACUUUUAGAGACAUUUGGUACAACGAGCAGGCCUGCAGACUGUGAGCGUAACGGUCUAGACGGAAAGUAAGGUAUAACAAGCUCGUUGAGAUAUGAUGGAGCCUGGCCGUUAAGCGCUUUAUAUUUUAAGGUUCUUUUAUUAGUUUAUGAAUGUCUUAAUGGUCUUGGUCCUUCUUAUUUAUCUGAUUUGCUUUUACAAUAUGAGCUCAGAAGAGCCCUCAGGUAUUCAGGUAGUGGUUUUUUAAUAGUCCCCAAAGUUAGAACCAAAAUAUACGGUGAGGCAUCGUUUAAUUAUUAUGGCCCCGUCUGUGGAACAGUCUGCCUGAAGACCUGAGAGCAGUACCUACAGUUCAUAUUUUUAAACGCAAACUCAAGACCUUCCUUUUUUGUCUGGCCUUUAGCCGAUUUUUGUUUUAUUCUUCUAGCCUCUCCUUUAGUCUACCCUUUUUAGUAUUUUUAGUAUAUUUUAUUUUUAUUUUUUAAGUAUAUUUUAACACUAUUUGUUAAUUUUCUUUUAUUGUUUGAUUUUAAAACAGUUUUAUUAUAUAUUAUUAUUAUUAUUAUUAUUAUUUUAUUUAUUAAUUUUUUUUAUUAUUAUCAUCAUCAUCAUUGUUUUAUUUCCUUUUAUUUUUUAUAUCUUGUCAUGGUUUUAUCAGUUUAGCUUCAGCUCCAGUGCGUCCCCAUUUUAGUUUAAGAUAGCGUUUCCGAGGUCCUCUGUGGCUUCCUGCUGAGCCCUGACUUGGUGUCCCGAUAGUCGUGUGAGUGUGUGUGUGUGUGUGUGUGUGUGUGGACGAGUGGGUGGGUGGGGGAGGAUCUCUGUUAAAUUCGGGCUUGGAGGGUGGGUGGGUUUUUGCAGUUUGUAUUUUAUUUUGUUUUUUAUUUUGUAUCCCCUGUGUACAGCACUUUGUGAUACAAGCCAUGUAUGAAAAGUGCUUUAUAAAUAAAGUGAUUGAUUGAUAAUUUGCAACACAAUUAACAUGACUAUUGUGUAACUUAUAACUUAUAUUUCGCCGAUCUGUCUUACUGGUGACAAUGCUAUGUUUUGUAGUAAAUCUCUUUUGUCCAGGCCUUUUUCUAUCAUCAUAACUUCCAGGUUCCUCUAGUCUUUUCAGAGUGUAGUGGACUCCUUUGUUAAACACCUUUAGGCGUUUUUUAUUUUCUCUUUCUGUGUAUCCUUCUUUCCUCAAUGUACAAAUCUGUACUUUUGUUUCUUUACUCAGUUGCUUCUUUCUAGCCAUCUUUGCGGUAGUUUGAUGCAGUUUAGAUUUAUUAGGAUUUUUGUAUGCAGACUCUCAAAAGCCAAAAAGUUGAAGUAAAUAAUCCAACUGUGAUUUCUUUUUUUGCUUUUGCACUGAAGUUGUGACUCUUGCAAAUGUUUUCAACCCGAAAAAUUAACCCCUUAUUAUCUUUUGCUGACAUAUAUUUAGCAAUGGUCUGUUAACAUUAAUGUAUAUCUAAAGGUAAAUGGAGUAAAAUGGUGCAUUUCCAUGAAAGCAACAUCUGAUCAUGGAGUAACUACAUCCCAAAAUACAUAAAACUCAUGCUGGAUUUAAAAAAAAGCAUUGUGAACAAAAACUUGAAGUUACUCCCAACUGUUCGGCCUGUAAUGGCCUUGCCUCCAAACUUUUGGCCUGUAGUGUAUAUAGCGCAUACAUCCAUAAAUAUGCACAUCAAUUGUAAAGGGAAACCAAGGAUAGAGAUGCACAUGAAUGGACAAACAAAGAAGAAAAUGUGUGCAUGAUUAACAAAGAACAAUUUCUGAAAAAUAUCAGUGUUAAAAUCUCACAGCUGCUUGGACAAAGAUGUAAUGCAGGGUUGCCAUCAUUUCUUUGAGUCAUCCUAAGACCCCCAUUAAAAGAAAGUCUAAACCUUAAUCUGCCCUGGAUCUUGACCUUCACAGAUCCUCCUUUAGGUCCUCUACUCUGUCUAACACCACCACAUCACUGAAGUCACUUCAGACAAACUUACUAAGUGACUCUUGGUGGUCAAAGAUUUCUCUGUUUUUUUCCAACCUCAGCUCACAUAUUUGAGACUUCUUCCUCAUCGUCAGCAGACUUCAGCACCUGUAUUACAGCUCAGUGAUAUCAGAUAACACUCAAACAUCUGUUGACAUUCACUCCACUAAUCACAACUCAGAUGGUUAAAGGUCUUUCUGCUGUUACCAAAACAGAUCUUAAAACUUUAUAUAAAACCUGACAUUACUGGUGCAUAUGCCUUUCAAAAAGAGAUGAUUAUAUAAAUAUAUUACAGGAUAUUAUAUAAACAUAGUUGUCCUCGAACUGUAUUCAGCAGCUUUUUGAAAAUGAUGGAAACAAAGAUCUUUUCUUAUAUUCUCAUGAAAGCAGUCUUGUGUUUGAAUGCUGUCAGUUUAGACACUUUUCUUUCACAGAAAUGUUUUAUGUAAAUGUCUCUCUUUGUGUUUCAGCUUGUUAAUCUCGUGCCACUGUGUGGAUUAAACUGUGUAAGGAGCUGAGGAGUGCUAUAUCUUAAAGAGCUCCCAUCAGCAGUAACAAAAUUGUUUUAUUGUUGUUGGCUAAUGAGCUAAGCAAGUUUUUUUAAAGUUUAUUUAGAUGCCAUCAAAAGUUAUUGACUUGAUAUCUGAUUACAGUACAAGAGCUCUGACUUGUUAUGCAGCAAGUAUAAACCCUAUCUAUAUUCUGUACCUUUUUUUUCCUACAGGCAGGUUGAUGCACCUGUAUGCCAUCUGUGUGGACUGUUUAGAAGGCGUCCACAAAAUCGUCUGCAUCAAGUGCAAGUCACGCUGGGACGGCAGCUGGCAUCAACUGGGCACCAUGUACACAUACGAUAUACUGGCUGCUUCACCGUGUUGUCAGGUAUAAACAGUUAUAUCCUGAAGGAACUGAUGAAUGUGUAAUUAGCAUUAGGGUGGUUGGGUAUGGUUAGGGUUGCUUAACAAUCAAGGGCAGCCAAUAAAUUAAAAAUAGAACUGGGGGUAGGGGGAGUUAUGACUGUAACUUCAGCUUUGGUCCAUCAGUAGUGCCAGGUUUUAACAGGGUUCUGUCAUCUGCAUAACGGUAAAAAUCUGUAUAAUGCCUAUUCAAGAUUUGCCCUGAGGAAAACAUGUAGACAAUGAAUAAGAGGGAACCUAGGAUGGACCCCUGGGGGACCCCACAUUAGUGAGGAGUACCUAAGGAAGCAUUUCCAAACACUACAGAAAAAGGCCAGCUAACUUAUUAAUGAGCUGAUCUAUUAAAUGAUUUAUUGGUUGAAAAUUAUUUAUUUCUGUUGCUGCAAUAAUAGUUUUUUCAGUAUGAAUGGUAAGUAAGGCUCCCACAGCAAUAAUGCUCUUAACAGUCUACAUGCAGGUGAAAUUAAGAGUUUCAGCUCCGACAGGAAGAAAUCACAUUGGAUGCAACAUUUUAUUCACAGUGAAGUUUUAAGCACCGUACUGUUGGUAUUCAUAACAGCUCUAUAAAAUGAUAAAUGCAUCACCUGUAUAGGGUCUUCUUCCCCUGAAGUUUUCAUUGGGCAUUUUCUUUCCUCUUAACCAGUCCUGUAAUGCUGCCAAAGCCCCCAUUACAUUGAGGUUUGUGUUUACUUUGUGUCUGUUUUCUUCAGUUUGAUUGAUGUCUCUUUCACUCAACUCCCUGUGUGACAUCCUCUCUUGCUUCAUAUUGUCGUAACAUCUUCUUUUUUCACUUUUCAAGCCAUUUAACCAGGAAUCUUAUGUGUUGUGUCCCUCCAAAAACACUGAGUAAUAUGAAGAAUAUCCUCUAUCUGGUUCAUGAAGCUUUUGAAAAACAUAUUUUUUGCAACAUUGCCAACAGGAAGUGCCAGACUUCUUUCCAUUGAUUGAUUCAAUAUGUUGUGUGUAGUUUGCUGUUGUGUUGCUCUUUCUAUCCUGAAUUAAAACCUGUUAUUGAGGGGGUUUGACCAAUCAGACUUAAGUAUUUUACACAGAUGGGUGAUAAGAAAGUUGUGUAAUUAAUAUGUUAAGAUGCAGUGACUAAACACAGAUACAGUAAAAUGUUGUCAUUUCCAGGCAUCUAAAUAGUUACCUCUUGGUGACCCCAACGCUAUUCACAACACAGAUUAUCACAACAUCAUUACUGGUGAGAGCUCUGUUUUUCAGAUACCUCUUGGUUUCUGGUUCUGUAUGUAUAACUCAGUUCAAACAUCUAUUUCUGCCCCACAUUUUUCCUCCUGCCCCCUGUACUACCUCUGCUCUUAAUCCAUCUCCUAACCUUAUUUUUCUUAUGUUAAGUGUAUAUUUUAUCCUUCUCCCUCCUGUGUGUCCUCAGGCUCGUCUCAACUGUAAGCACUGUGGGAAGCCGGUUGUGGACGUGCGAGUCGGUAUGCAGUAUUUCUCUGAGUACAGCAAUGUCCAGCAAUGCCCCCACUGUGGCAACCUGGACUAUCACUUUGUUAAACCUUUCUCCUCCUACAAAGUUCUUGAGGCUUAUUGACAAAUGCUCUUCAUGCAUGCUAGUUAAGCUGCUUUUGUUCGAUUUUGUUUUCUAACACCAUCUAGGAGAGAUUUUUAUUUUUGGGGGCCUUAAAGGUGCUUUUAGGUUUUUAAGUUCUCACUCUUUUUUUUUAUGUAAAGGAAAAAGUAUGACUAGUUAAAAAAUUUUUAAAGUUACACGACAGUAUCUCUGCUGUUAGAGAAAGGUGUUAAUGCAGUGUGGAAGUGACAUGUGAUGUCAAAUAAACACGUUUAUCUGUGACAAGUGAAUGUAUCUGUAUGCCAAAUUUGCUUUUAUUUUUUUGUUUUUUACCAAAAGCAUAAAGAUGGAUCUUGAAUAAAGCAGAGAAAGAAAAAAA